GUGUAUGGUGGUAGUAAUAGUUAGUCGAUUGUGUUAUUUGUCAAAUAGAACAUAGAAGAUAAAAAAGAAGAAAAAGACUUUUCGUCCCCUACCAAUUAAUCAUACAGAAGAAAAAUUUCAUCAAUUUUAAUGCCUAGUUGGAAAAUUAAUUGUUUAAAAAGUGAAGAACAUACAAAUCCAUCCGUUCUAUCAUCAAAUACAAUCAAUGAAUCGAAUAAAAUCGAUUCAAUACCACAAGUUAUUGAUCAUGAACAAACAGAUAUUCCAGAAACAGUAGCCAGUAUUGAUAUUCAUAGUUUACCUUCAAGUCCAUCAAUAAUAAAUUGUCAUGAACAAAAGCAGCGAAAUCAUCAUCAUCAUCAUCAUCAUUCGCCGACUAGUAAGAAAAUUAAUAAAACAAUGAGUUGGAGACAUCGUCUAGCGACACUUGAGCCAUCGCCAUCAUUUGUCGCAGUGACACCCAUUAAAACUCCUACGACAAAUAAUCAUUCUCGUUCAUCUCCAUUUGAACAACGUUUGGCUAGGUAUCGUUCAUUACCACUAUUAUGGUUUCGUACAUGUGGCUCCUCUAAUCACCAACAUAGACGACGUACAGCCGCUGGUACUGAUGGUAAAGAUACGAUAUAUACACCUCGUGGCCAUUUCGGUGAGUUCGAGUAUAAACAUGGUCUUGUUUACAUUGUCUUUUCUUUUCAUUCCCCCAUAAAUCUGUUUUAUAUAACAUAA